AUGACGGGUCUUAUACCUCUUGCUCUCGGCACUGAGAGCGCCUCAUCGAGGAAGUUCAUCAUGCACCACUCAGAAAAUGAGCACAAUCUCCGACGCUUCGGUUUCGUGCAUUCCAAAAACGCGCCGAACCCGAUGCGCCGUUCCGCCUGGAAGCAGGCCACCAACGAUACCCUGGCCGAGGAGCCGCAGUGGCCCGUAUCCCUGGAUGACAUCAAGAGAUCCUUUCUCCGCAACCAUUUCCGGUCUUGUUUCGAUCGCUGCCACGAGGCCUUGAAAGACUCGGAGUCUCUGGACCGGAUACAGCCAGCUUAUCUCGUCUACUUGCGCUUCUUUGCGGCCAUGGCCCUGGAGAUGCAAGCUCGCCAGGCACCUCGCGCAUCUCCCUCGCGGUACGGCCUGCUGGGCCAAGCGCAAGAGCACUACCGCGUCGCGGCAGAGAUCGCAAGGCGCGAAGACAUCUUGAUCGCGUCGUCCGUGCGCGUCGCGUCUCCAAGCCCCAGUGAUAAAUCUGCCAGCACGGACGACUCUCCACCAAGCACCCCGACGAGAGUGGAUACGCCUCUAUCGUCGGCCGGCUCGAUAGAAGAUUCACCCAGCGGUUCUAGGAAGUCCAAGAAGAGGGUUACGUUUCGGGAUGUCCCUAUCAUGGAGCCAAUCAUUAGGCCCGACUCCCCGACCCUUGGUUUCGACGACUGGCUGGGCCGCUCGUCGCCCGAGCCCAUCUGCCCAGAGCCUAUCCUGAAGCACGUGCACAAGAUGUCGGAACAAGUCCAGUCCUUGCCACUGGAUGAGGCCCCCGAGCUCGUCCAGGAAGUCCAGUCAUGCCAUGAGACAUUCGGCCCCCAGUACUACACUGUACUUGCAAGUAUCCGAUGUCAAAUCGAAAAGCACAUGGCGAUGCUGGACGGAGAGCUCGCGGAACAAGGCGAAGCCUCUACGUUGCGAAAUGCCGACAUCGGCACUCGCAUCGAGCGGCUACGAGCCUGCGGCUGGCGACGGCGUCGGUUCGACGCAACAAGAUACCGGAACCUCUGCGAAAACGUCCUCGCAGAGCUCAGUUCCUAA